AUGGACGGCUUGCAUCUCUACAACCUGACGCUGCAGCCAUCUGGCAGCGUCAAUGCGACGGUCGUGGGUCAGUUCUCAGGCACAAGACAGCAAGAGAUCGUUGUAGCCAAGGGCAGCCGGCUUGAGCUGUUGCGACCCGAUACAUCAACCGGCAAAGUCGAGACUGUCCUUUCGCAAGAUGCAUUCGGCGUAGUCCGCAGCCUAGCUGCCUUUCGACUCACUGGCGGCUCCAAAGACUACCUCAUCGUAGGCUCCGAUUCUGGACGGAUCGUCAUCCUCGAGUUCCAACCACAGACCAACUCGUUCGACAAGGUGCACCAGGAGACAUUCGGACGUUCAGGCUCGCGUAGGAUUGUACCUGGACAGUAUCUCGCUACGGAUCCGAAGGGACGAGCUACUAUGAUAGGAGCCAUGGAGAAGGCCAAGCUCGUCUACAUUCUCAACAGGGAUGCGCAGGCCAACCUCACUAUCUCGAGUCCACUUGAAGCACACCGACCCAACGGCAUCAUUCAUCAUAUCGUCGGCGUAGAUGUUGGGUUCGAGAACCCGCUCUUCGCCUGUCUCGAGAUCGACUAUUCAGAGUCCGACCAUGACCCAUCAGGGCGAGCCUACGAUGAGGCGGAAAAGACACUCACAUACUACGAGCUGGAUCUUGGACUCAACCAUGUCGUUCGCAAGUGGUCAGAGCCAGUCGACCCACGUUCCAACUUGCUUCUCCAGGUACCAGGAGGCUACAAUCACAACCUCGAGAAGUGGGAUGGUCCCAGCGGCGUCUUGGUCUGCAGCGAAGACUACAUCACCUACAAGCAUCAAGAUCAGCCAGAACACCGCGUUCCCAUUCCACGACGUCUCAAUCCAAUCGAAAAGAUGUCAGAAAGGCGCGGCACAUUAGUCGUCGCCAGUGUGCUGCACAAGAUGAAGAACGCCUUCUUCUUUCUUGUGCAAACAGAAGACGGGGACCUUUUCAAGAUCACAAUGGAGCAUCAGGACGAUGAGAUCCGCUCGCUAAAGAUCAAGUACUUUGACACCGUACCUGUCGCAUCAGGCUUGGCAAUCUUGAGAUCGGGUUUCCUCUUCGUUGCAUCCGAGUUCGGUCCACAGCUGCUCUACUCUUUCCAGAAGCUCGGCGAUGACGAUGAUCUUCCAGAAUACAUCUCGACCGACUAUGACGAGAAUGGAGCUGGCAGGAAGCGGCCACAACUACCCACCUUCACACCAAGAUCGCUCGAUAACCUGGUCCAGGUGGAUGAGAUGCCAAGUCUCGACCCGAUCUUGGACGCCAAGCCGCUCAACCCACUGGCUUCGGACUCGCCGCAGAUCUUUGUUGCAUGCGGUCGAGGCGCGAGGAGUAGCUUCAAGAUGCUCAGGCACGGUCUUGAAGCACAAGAAGCUGUCAGCUCUGACUUGCCUGGUGUGCCUAGUGCAGUAUGGACAACAAAGAUUACACGGCAGGACGAAUACGACAGCUACAUCAUUCUCAGCUUUCUCAACGGUACACUCGUUCUGAGCAUCGGAGAAACGAUUGAAGAAGUCGGCGACAGCGGCUUCCUCACCUCGUCACCAACUUUAGCGGUACAACAACUUGGCGAGGAUGCUCUUCUGCAAGUGCAUCCAUAUGGUAUUCGACACAUCUUGGUGGAUAAGCAGGUCAACGAAUGGGCGACGCCAAGCUUGCCAAAUGGUGUCCAGACAACGAUUGUCGCAAUAUGCACUAACGAGCGCCAAGUGGCCGUUGCGUUAAGCAGCAAUGAGCUAGUCUACUUCGAGUUGGAUAUGGAUGGGCAGCUGAACGAAUACCAGGAUCGCAAAGCGACGGGUGCGACCGUGCUCACAAUGAGUAUGGCUGAUUGCCCUGAAGGUCGCCAACGUACGCCAUACCUAGCUGCCGGAUGUGACGACUCGACGGUACGAAUCAUCUCUCUCGAGCCAGCUUCGACACUCGCCUCGAUCUCCAUCCAAGCUCUGACGGCACCAGCAUCGAGCAUCUGCGUGGCCGAAAUGAAGGACGCCACUGUCGACCGCAACCAGGCAACUACGUUUGUUAAUAUUGGGCUCAGUAAUGGUGUCCUCCUCCGCACUGUGCUUGACGCAAUGACAGGACAAUUGACAGACACAAGAACGCGAUUCUUGGGCAGCAAAGCAGUGCGACUCAUUCGAACGAAAGUUCAUGGUCAGAGUGCAGUAAUGGCUCUCAGCACACGAACGUGGCUUUCGUUUACGUACCAGUCACGCCUGCAGUUCACACCGCUCAUAUUUGAUGCGUUGGAUCACGCCUGGUCGUUCAGCGCAGAGCUGUGUCCUGAAGGUCUGAUUGGUAUUGUUGGUAGCACGCUUCGUAUCUUUACCAUUCCAUCCCUAGCGAGCAAGCUCAAGCAGGAUUCGGUGGCGCUGUCAUACACACCACGCAAGAUCGCACACCACCCAGAUGAGCAAGGCUUAUUUUAUGUGGUAGAAGCUGACCGCCGUACGCUGUCGCCUGGGGCGCAGAGGAGGAGAGUGGAGGCACUAGAAAAGGAGCUCAAACCGCAUCAACGAGGCGUGUUGGAUUUGAAACCAGCAGAGUUCGGUCUGAUAAGGGGAGAGGCAGGUAAUUGGGCAAGUUGCGUCCGCGUCGUCGACGGCCCACAAUCACAAACAACACACAAGAUCGAGCUGGACGAUAAUGAGGCAGCCUUCAGUGUCGCCAUCGUUCCCUUCGCCAGUGCUGAAAAGCAGUCUUUCCUCGUCGUCGGUUCCGCUGUUGACGUCGUCCUCUCGCCGCGCUCGUUCAAGAAAGCCUAUCUCACCACCUACCGACUCAUCAAUGGCGGACGCGAACUCGAAGUGCAUCACAAGACCGAAAUCGACGACAUCCCCCUCGUCCUUCGACCCUUCCAAGGCCGUCUGCUAGCAGGCGUCGGUAAAGCGCUCCGCAUCUACGAUCUCGGUAAGAAGAAGUUGCUACGCAAAUGCGAGAACAAAUCCUUCCCGACUGCUAUCGUUUCCCUCGACGCUCAAGGCUCGCGCAUCGUGGUGGGUGAUAUGCAAGAAAGCAUCGUCUUUACUUCCUACAAGCCUCUCGAGAAUCGCCUUGUGACAUUCGCAGACGAUGUGAUGCCAAAGUUUGUCACACGCUGUACGAUGCUCGACUAUGACACGGUGGCAGCAGCGGACAAAUUCGGCAACUUGUACGUGCUUCGUAUUGACGCAGACACCAGCAGGAGUGUCGACGAGGAUCCGACCGGGAUGACGAUUGUUCAUGAAAAGCCAGUUCUCAUGGGUGCAGCUCACAAGGCUACUCUACUGGCACACUACUUUGUGGGUGACAUCAUUACGUCUCUCAACCGCACGGUCAUGGUUCCAGGUGGAAGGGAAGUGUUGAUGUACACAGGUAUCUCAGGGACGAUCGGAGCACUAGUGCCUUUUGUUAGCAAGGAAGAUGUUGACACGCUUUCGACCCUCCAAACGCAACUAAGGCAGGAGAACAACAGUCUCGUGGGUAGAGAUCAUCUGGCAUAUAGGAGUAGCUAUGCUCCAGUGAAGAGUGUCAUCGAUGGAGAUCUGUGCGAGACUUUCGGAUUGUUGCAACCAGCGAAACAGAAUGCUAUCGCCCAGGAAUUGGAUAGAAAGCCCAGCGAGAUCAAUAAGAAGCUUGCUCAGCUCAGAGAGGGUGCUACCGGGUUCUGA